AUGUCUGCGUCCAUCCAGCGCGUUGCGGCAGCUGCUGUCCACGCCUCUGCCGAGGAAGGCUCGUUCCAUAUCCUUGCUCAAAGGCUUGGUGCACUGUUUUACGACGUCCUUCCAGACGUGCCAAAGCUGCUGGAAGUAUACGGCCUCCGUGUGACUGAGAUUCUGCAGGAAACAAUGGCCACAAUUGAGCAGCCCAAAGGCCUCGCUGAGACAUUUUUCGGCUCCCACCUCGGGAUCGAUUACACGACCAUCGGGGCAAGCGCCACGAGCGGUAGACCUGAAGCGACAGCCACCUGGGAAGAGCUUGUCAGUCACCGGCAGCUUGUCAUCAAGCAGCAAGCAGUGUCCAAUGAGGCGGCAUGUUACAAUGCAACGUAG